GGCGAUUUGGAUGACGAAUCUCAGCACCAUUCCCGUGAAGAGCCUGAUGAUCAGACACAUACAGAUAGUAUGGAUCGCAACCCCCAAAAGCACUUCGGACGAUUUGUCUCUAUCUCUAAAUCUUCAAAGUCUAUUUCUCUGUCCAAUAGAUCAUUGCGGCUUUAUGAUGAUAUUGAUGAGGAUUCGGACAUUGAUGACGUAGAUGGCUUGAGCCAGGAGGACGAAGGAAGAGAAGAGGGAGAAGCCUCAAGUGAUGAAGAGGAAUUGCUCAGUCAUUCAACUAUUUCCAGAAGAGAAAAAAUCUCUAAUCAGUCAAAGAAUCUGGAUGAUAGUGACCACUUUCGUCGUGUUCUUCUAGAGCAAGUUGAGGCUCGGUACCGCAAGAGGCUUACGGAGAAACAAGUCAAACGGCAACAGCACUCUAGAAAAGUUGAUACAUCCUUGUUUGCAUUGCCUCCUCCCAGGUCAAAAUUUGAUUCAAGCCCAGAAAAUACCUCAAACUCACGCCGAGAUCAUUCGCAGCCCUUAAAUGAUCCAGGCGAUAAUAAAGGUAUAUCGUGUUAUUAA